AUGGCGAAUCCCACUAAUGACUCGAAAGUGGUGACGAAGAUGUUCAAGAGGUUCAUCAAUCGCACCAUAGAAGCGCUUUUGAAGAAGUAUGGUGUGAGACAUAAGGUGGGUACCCCGUAUCACCCUCAGACGAGCGGGCAAGUUGAAGUCUCGAAUAGGGAGAUCAAGGCAAUACUUGAGAAGACGGUGUCAAGGUCAAGGAAAGAUUGGGCAUCCAAGCUUGAUGACGCUCUAUGGGCGUAUAGGACAGCCUUCAAGACACCCAUCGGUAUGUCUCCCUUUCAACUUGUCUAUGGGAAAGCUUGUCAUUUGCCGGUUGAGCUUGAGUACAGGGCAUAUUGGGCAAUCAAGAAGCUGAACUUUGAUUGGAUAUCCGCUGUGGAGAAGCGAGUGUUACAGCUUCACCAACUCGAUGAGAUUCGGUUGGAUGCUUACGAGAAUGCCCGGAUUUACAAAGAGAGGACUAAGAGAUGGCACGAUCGUCGGAUUUUGCAGAGAGAAUUCAGAUCGGGUGAUCAGGUACUCCUCUUUAAUUCAAGGCUCAAACUAUUUCCAGGGAAGUUGAGAUCGCGUUGGUCGGGGCCUUUCACGGUUAAGCACGCUUACCCUCAUGGAGCGAUAGAGUUAUAUGGUUAUGGAGGGGAUACAUUCAAGACCAACGCGCAACGGUUGAAGAUCUACAACCCCGGGGAACAUGACAAAGAGAGUAGAAUCAUUCAUUUGCACUCUCUUGAUUGGGUUUGA